AUGAGUGAUCAAUUCGUCAAGUGCAAAAUAAACAUAAACAGAAGAGUGCAAACUGAGUACCUGAUAAACAAUAUACUUGAUCAAGAUUUCCAAGCUAUGUUGUUUCCUCUAAACUUUGUACAAUCUUGCCUUUUGAUGUCUAGUUUCAGUAUCAUUAACAAUUUCAUCACUCCUGACAACCAUGUGUCGUUUUACAUAAAGUCGAUAAUCGGCUGUAGUGCUAUUACAUCGAGCCACGUCUUUCGUUUUUUGUACUAUCACGAGGCCACUAGGACUUUCGGCACUGAAGUGGUUACUGUAUUGCUUUAUUUCGAUUUCAUAUAUUUCACUUUAAUCUCAAUCUUUACCCAUGCCGUCAAUUCAUUCCAGAGAAGCUAUGUCGUUGAGCUUAUUAUCAAAUUGCAACAUGUGCUUGACUGUAUUAAGGCUGACAAAAGAGAUUUUUUUUAUAAACUCAAGAUCCAAAAUUGGCUCACUGUAUUGUUUGUUGUUAGUAUGCACAUUUUUCAUUGGAUUUCGGCUUGCUAUGAUAUUAGUAUUCUUGAUUUGCUGGUCAGUUUUUCUUUGACAGUACCACUGAUAAUUUUUGACAUGCAAGUAGUUCACGUUACUCGAUACGUUGUAAUGAUAAAAAACGAGUUGAUCGCUUGGAUCCAUAAAAUGGAAGAAUAUAAGAGAAUACACGAUAAACAUGAAGAAGAAGUAAAUUAUGAGGUUUCGGAAAGCGAUAUGUUUAAUGCAUAUACUGAUAUACUUAAUGCAUUUCGUUUAAGCAACAAAGUGUAUCAGUUUUCGGUAAGUUUUAGGUAUUUGCAAAACGUUUGCGUCAAUUUCUCAGAGAUGCGUAAGACUUGCAAGAACGUGUUGCGGCUGAACCGCGCGUCGCUGCGCAAGAUGUCGGCGUUCGGCGUGUUUGAACUCGACGCAGCGUUCCCGCUGCGGCUGCUCAGCGUGCUCGUGACCUAUACCGUGGUGCUGCUGCAGUUCGCCUUCUUGACGUCCUAGAAACGC